AACUGUGAUUACAAACGCGCAAACUCUCUUCAUGUCUGCAGGAAAUAUCGAAGAUUAUCAUAGCCAUAAUGCAGUGCUAUGUAUUACUCUGGCACUGAAGAGUUAAAUUUUGCUUUCGAUAUUGUUUACAAAUAAACUGAACUUUGUGCGAUGGUGUUCUCAGUAAUGUUUUAAAAAUAUAAAUAUUUGCAAACUGUGCGGAAUUAUUUAUUCUGCUUUUGUGGGUCAGAAAUCGAAAACUAAAAAUCAAUACAUUUGUUUUAAGUGUUCGUAAUAUUAAUAUUGAAAUCGUACAUUGAACUGGUAAAGAAAAUGUAUUGUUGCAAGGCAUCUCUUGCUGUUUCUCUCUUACUCCUGCAUACUUGUCAUGUUUUCUCUGCUAUCUCAAAGAAGGAUCCAAAAGAUCCUUUGGACUGGAAAAGUCCAAAUGGAUCUUAUGAGCCAUCUGCUCAUACUUGGGAUUUUGAAUUUGAUGAUAAGCAAAUUCAACAGGAUGAUGCAGAACCAGAAAAAUCAUUUCUGAAGGCAACAGAAAUAAUUUCUGAGAAUGAUCUUUGCAAAAAUCUCCAAUGUAAACCACAUCAGGUUUGUUUGGUUGAAGAUGAUGAUGUUGCUGUGUGCAUUAGCAAACGAAAGCUAAGUGCCAAAGAAAAUGCUUUGAAGAUGACUAACAAAAAAGCAAAAUCAAAAGAAUCGAAAACUGAUGAAGUAUUCUGGGAAAAAGGUGGAGAGACUGGAAAAGAGGCAUCUACUUAUGAAAAUCAAAAUCCCUGCAUUCCUUGCCCUGUGCUGAAACCAGAAUUUGUUUGUGGAACUGAUAAUCAUACCUACUCUUCAGUAUGCCGAUUAGAAUUCCGUAAUUGCAUGCAUAAAGCGGCUGUUAAAGUGAGUUGCAAGGGAUUUUGUCCUUGUAAAAGCAUAAAAAAUGAUGUUGAUAAAAGUAAGGAAUGGCAAAUGAAGGAUCGCUGGAACCGUUACAUGAAUAAAUAUCAGAAUACUGUUAAGAAACCAGCUUUAAAUCAAAAGACUGUGAAGAAAAGUCAUUCCACUAAUAAACUGAUGAAGAAUCCUCACUCUGCUUUGAACAAAGAUCUCACAACUGUUAGUACUGAUACUAUGCAGAAACCUUCUAAGUCAUAUCAAAGCAACAAAAUCUCCACUCCCAUAAUUGAAAAAAGUUGCAAUGAAAAUGAACUGAAGGCAAUGGGAGAUCGUCUUCUUGAUUGGUUUUCUGUUGUUAUGGCUGACCAUCGACGAGGACAAUCACGCAGACGCUCUUUUCGACUGAGCCACACUCAGCUGCCAGAUUGCAAACCUGAAGUGAGCUGGAUGUUCCAACAUUUAGAUACCGAUGGUGACUUGAAGCUGUCCCUUCAAGAACUUUAUGAUUUAGAAAAUGAUGAUCAAGAACAUUGUCUUAGACCUUAUCUUUUAGAUUGUGAUGUUGAACGAGAUUUAGUAUUGAGUCCUUUUGAGUGGUGUUCUUGUUUUGACAAAUCUCAGCGUCCUUGUGCUGCAGCUCUUCGAAGAAUCCCUCAAGGGCUAGUUGGCGGUUAUACCCCUGUCUGUGAUGGAGAUGGCUACUAUUUGCCUACUCAGUGUCAUACUGGAUCAGGCACUUGCUGGUGUGUUGAUAGACAUGGAGUUGAAUUCACCAAUACACGAAGACGUGGACGGCCUGAUUGUGGAGGUCUUCUUAAAAGGGCCCAGUAUCAUAAAGUAGAGAACACAGAAAAUGACCAAGAAGAUGACAGCAGUGAAGAAGAAGGCUCGGCUGAUAGACCUUUAGAUUUUUAAGUUACGCCAACAACAUUCAUGAAUGUUAUUUCUAAAUCUUGUAUUUCAUAGACCUUAAUUUUAAACACAUAUGAUUUUUGUCUAGUGCACUAUAAAUCAGAUUUGUUUUGCUUUUGUCAUAGCAGGUAUGACAUGCGUCGGAUACACAUAUCUUGAAUGUUUCCAGUGCAUAUAUGUUUACAUUUUGCUUAAGCUUUUGUAACAAGUUUGUACUUUCAGUGUUUUAGAUUGACACUGUUACGUAAUACCCUUUUGUACUUAAAGCUGAGAGAUUAAUUUUAUGCGGAGCAGUAUUAUUAAAAAUGCGAUGAGAUGUUCUCUGCUGUUAUCAUUUUUGUUCAUACUCACUUGUAGUAGUUUGAAUGUAUAUUGUCCAGUGUUUUGUAAUUUUGAAGUAGAUUUUAUGUGACGUUAGAUCUUAAAAAUAUAACAUUUUAUCUAUUAAUUGUACACCAUGUGUUUUGGCAAGCUAUAUUUUAUUGUACCUAAUUAUGAUUUACUAAUUUUGACAUUUGUUAUAUUAAUAGUAUACUUAAACAGUUUGACUUUAUGGUGAUAGCUAUUUGGAAGAAAAUUCUCUUUUCAUAUACUUGAUUUUAAACUACUUGUGUACCUUUGGUGUGUAAUUUAAUUUUGUGAAAAUAUACUUAGUGCCAAAGAUUUGCAAUUAACUGUAGUUUAGUUUAGAUUAAUCUGUUUUUAAUAUAUAUCUGCACAUAACAAGAAGGCAAAUUAGAAAUUUUCUGUUAUAAAAAUUAACCAUUCUAAUCAAAAUGCAAUGUGAAUGGCUAUAUAAUUAUGUAUUAAUUAGAAGCUGUUUUUGAAUAAAUUCAGUCAGUAAUUAAUAUAAGAUUAGCAUUUGGCAGCUGAUUUUAUAGAUACAUAAAUUUCCCAUUAAUAUUACUUAUUACAUUCCUGUCUUUAAUAUUUGCUAUAUAUUUUAAGUUGGACCAAUGAGUAAUUUUAAAAUUGUAUUAUUUUUGUUGUCAUUGUUGUUAUUUUAUCUAUAUAUGCAUCAAUAAGAGAUUUAAAUAUAUCAUUUUGAAUUUAUUUUAUAUAUUUUCUCUAUUUCUUCUUAAUUUUUACUUUAACUUUUCAAAUCCAGUUUAAUAUGGAAGGCAUUUCAUACUUAAAAUCUUAUUUGAUUGAGAAUGUGCUAUAAUAAUUUUAAAUUAAACUCCAGCACAAUUAGAAAAAUAUAACAUUGAGAGGUUUUAUUAUAUGUGUAGCAAUUAAGAUUUUAAACUUCUAUUUAUAGUUUUAAGCAUGUUUAUUUAUUAUUCAUAUUUAUGAUUUGCUUUCAUUUAUAUUUCUGUAUAGGUUGUUUCCUCAUUAAUUUUCAUUCAAAAAUAUGAUGGUGUAUUAGAAAAAUUGUAAACGAUAAUUGAAGGAACUAUGCUAUAAACAUAUAUUGAAAUGUUUCUAUAAUGCAAUUCUGUGCAAAAUGAAACACCUAGACCUGAAGUACACAACAAAACAUAUCCAGUUUCAUAUAGUUAUAUCUAUCAUGACUAUCAACUCAAAGAAGCAAGAUAUCAUCUUAAAUAAUACUUUUCAAACAUGUAAGUAAAUAAUUUUACAAAAGCCAAAGAAACUGACCAUUCUUUCACCAAAGAGAUUUUGAAAUAAAACUUUACUUAACUUUUCUUUAAAAAAAAUACAUUCUGUGAAAUCUACAUUGAUCUGUCCCAGUUCAUUUUUUUAAGGUAUUUCUUCACACAUUCCAUUAAAUAUAGCAUUAUUAUUAUAAAUGUGUGAUAAUCUGUGUUGAAGGUAAAGGGUUUUUUAGUGUAUUAUUGUGUAUUUACUAAAGUUAUAAUGCCUCCCCCCCCCCAGCUAAUUGUUGGUUGUUGCAUUUCUAGUCAAUUUUGUAUAAAAGUAUUUGUUUUUUUUUGUUCUGUGUCUUUUAUGUGAACAAGAAUUUUUAACAACAAAAUCGAAGUCUUCCAUUUGAUUUGUUUGUUUUGCCAUUUUAGAAUCCCAUAAAUACUUAAUUUUCUUUAUCUUCCAACUUUAUUCUUCGAGCGCUGUAUUGAAAUGCUUUAUGUGCUGAUGUUUGAAUGUGUUUUUGCAAAGAAAUAUAUAUGUAUAUGUUUAUAUAUUUGGUGUUAGUGAGUAAGCUAACUGUUUAAUUGUAUUACUUUUAUCUGUGUUGCUUUUCAUAUCUAUGCCUCAUUUGCAUAUAGCUACAGUAACUCCUUGUGGAUGGUUUUAUAAUGAUCUUUUGUUGAAUUUUCUAGAAUCUCGGUUUGAUUUACUUAAUUUAUAUUUUUUGUUAAUGCAUUUUGCUUUUUACAAUGUUGAUGUUUUUAUUAAAAAGAAAUUUCUUUUCUUGUAAGUUUUUUUUUAAAUGUUUAGUUAUAAAAUAAUUUUCUUACUUAAUUUUUUCAAAAAUUUUAAGUUUCUAUGCUAAUAAAUUUUUAUGAUGACCAAUUUAUUAUAUGGUUACUGAAUUAAUGUAAAAGAAAACCAAAAAAAUUCAGAUUUUUGUUAAAUCAAAUAAGAUAACUUUUCACUAUUAAUUUGAAUUAAUAAAUAAUUUUAUAAUAAAUAUUUAUUUACACUUAUGCCUUCAACAAUGUUUUAUUAUUCAUUUCUUUAUUUCUUUGUUGUUGUUGUUUUCCUUAUUAAUUAAUUAUCAAGGAAUUGUAUGAAAUAUAAUCUGUAUUUUUUUUUUUUUUUUUUUUUUUUUGUUAUAUAUCCAAUAAUAUUUUCUUUGUGGGUUUGUUAUAAUUGAUAAGUUUCUAAAAGAUAAAGAUGCAAAAAAAAUUGUUUCAUUUAUGAUAAAUUUUAUAGCACUAAUUUAGAAAAAGCACUUGCAUAUUUUAUAUUCAUCUUUAUAGCUAAAUGAUGCCGAAUUUCGAUUAAUAUAUUAUUAUACUCACUUUUUAUGUACUAUGAAUUUCUAAUAUAAGAAAUGAAAAUCUAUAAUUUCUUAUUUAAUAAUUACAUAUAGUUUGCGGUUUCUUUCGUUUAUAUACUUUAAAAUUCCAAUAUAAAUUUUCUUUUAAAUUAUUAAGUUUACUGAAAGAAGGUAUCUUGGUAAUGAAGUUAAAAUAAUAUAAAUAAAAAGAAUUUAUAGAUUAAUAAAUUAAAUAAUGUGACACACUAAUUUCAUAUAGCCUAGCUGCUGCCAAAAGGGAAUGAGAUUUUACAAAUUGUCCUUAGACUUGUUACAGUUUUUUUGUACUAGCUUGUGUGUAGUUUUGUAGAAAUCACAAGCAAAUACAAUUGUUGCUAUGAACUGUCCAUUGCUCCAAUAAAAAAAUUUUCAAAACAA